GUCACGUCGUCUCUCGACUCUAGAGCCGCAACGUACAAACAUUACGGUCGUCGUUAACAGUAACAGUUAAUAUUAACUGGUAACCGGUAGUCAAUCGGUACGCGUUUCGCUAUUUAAAGAAUCCGGCGACCGACCUACUCGGUUAUAGGUUGACUCAUUCACACAAAAUAAAUAUGCCUAUGCAUCCGCUUCCAUUUUCUUCAUUCCUUCUCCACGUUGAACCAUGAACUCUUCAUUUUGCCCUUUGUUUCGUCCUUAAUUACGAUUCUACCACUCUGGUUAUGGUCACCGCCGCUUAACUUGUCCAUCUAUAAACAAAUCCAUAUUUCUACACUGUGAUGGCAUCUUCGAGAAGUUACCUGAGAGUAAUUGAGGAGAGGAAUCGGAAGGGAAAGUUGUCGGAGAAAUCCAUGUCGUUUGAAGGAUAUAUCCCAGGGAGCACUUCAGAGAUAUCACGAAGAAUUAGGACUGUUCCGGACUUAUUCUCCGGCAAGGGAUCUGCUGCCGGUUUUAUGCCGGAUUUACAGGUUAGGCCAAAGUUGACGAAGUUGCUAUUGAAUGUGACGAUUCAGCGCAGUCCAGGCCCUGUACAGGUGCUAAUAUCACCGGAAUCAACCGUUCAUGAUCUCAUCGCCACCGCUGUACGGCACUACUCGAAGGAAGGAAGACGUCCGGCACUUUGCUCCACGGAUUUGUUCGAUUACGAUCUUCACUAUUCGCAGUUUAGCUUAGCCAGUUUGGACAGGGCAGAGAAGUUGAUGGCGUUGGGAACAAGAAACUUCUUUUUGUGCCCAAAAAAGUUAGGCGCGGAAACGUCGUCGUCUUUAAGAUGUAAAAAAGAAGCUCAAACUGAAAUCAGUGUAGAUUUGCCUUGGCCAAAAUUCAUGGAUUUCAUGCUCUGAAUAAUAUUUACAGCUUCACAACUUAGUGACUUUGUUUUAUUCCAAUGAGUUCUCUAAGUUGUUCAAUCUCGCCAUAGUUAUUUUUAAAAAAAGGGUCGUGAUUGUUGUGUUGUACAUAAAUCACUACUAGUAUUUAUUUUGAAUAAUUA